CCCGAUUUUGCUGCUUCGUUUCUAUAAAGCCCCCCUGGAGGACGUGUCAACAGGAAUGUUGCCAGUAUCCCCUUGUUCCAUUUCAUUUUCACUUGGAACGGACACCAUGGGCGGUUCUCUAUCUCGCACACCUCCCUUAACCGAGGCCAAUCUCCCCGACCAGAGUGGAAAGGUCUUCAUAGUGACCGGGGCAUCCUCGGGGUAUGGCCUUAUCCUCGCCACAAUCCUCUACCAGCGGAACGGCAAGGUAUACCUCGCAGCUCGCGACACUACCAAGCUCCAGCAGAUAGCCGACGACCUCAAGCAGCGCUUUCCAGCCUCCACAGGGCAAGUCCACUUCUUCCACCUCGAUCUCUCGGAUCUAUCAACAAUCAAAAAGUCCGCGGAAGAAUUCCUCGCCAAAGAGGAUAAACUGCAUGUGCUAUGGCACAAUGCUGGCGUCAUGAUUCCGCCUCAGGGCUCGAAGACGAAGCAGGGGUUCGAGUUACAGCUGGGGACAAAUAAUCUUGGGCCCUUUCUGCUAAACAAGUUUCUCUAUCCGACUCUGGCCAAGACGGCAGCUGUCUCUCCGCCUAAUUCUGUUCGUGUUGUCUGGGUGUCGGCACCCAUCGUCUGGAGGGCCCCGAAGCCGGCUAUUGACUUUGGUAACCUUGACUAUAAGAACGACGAGGGCGCCUGGACGAAGUACGCGCGCAGCAAGGCAGGGAACGUGCUACACUCUGUAGCCCUCGCACGACGGGCCAAGGAUGAUGGCGUUGUGAGUGUGUCAAUCGACCCCGGAGUCGCCAUAACCAGUUUGCAGCGGUCGAUGCCCAAGCUGGUGCUCCUCCUCGUCCGCCUCUUUUUGGCACAGAACCCCGAGAUUGGCGCCUAUACCGAGCUGUAUGCUGGUCUCCAAGCGGACCUCGAUGUCCAGAAACCUGCGCAGUGGAUCGUCCCUCCAGGUAAGCUUGUAGACUGCCGCCGCGACCUCUUCGAGCAAGAAAUCAGUGAGAAGUUCUGGGAAUGGAGUGAAGAGCAGGUGAAGCCUUAUCUAUAG